CAUCUGUCAUGGCCGACUUUUCAGAUAAAAAUGUCAACACGUACUGAUUCGACUGAUAAUUGAAUGCACUAGUGUCGUUUACUUCAUUUUCUUGUAAUACAUUUAGUAAGUUUCACCCAUGUUUCACCUGGAUUAAACAGUGAAGCUGUGUGUGAAGAUGCCAUAUGGUUAUUGAUAUUAUUUAGAUGUAAAAAACACUUGUAAAUUUAGAUCCAAACAAAACACCGGAGAAUGAGUUGGUGGAAGGCAAGCGGGUGGACUGACCUGGCGUCUCAGGCCAUAAAAAAUGCCCAACAGAAAAUCGAUAAAGUACUUGAUAUUGAUGAAGGGGGACAGCCUGCUAAACCGAAAGUUGAAAGUCCAAGCACAUCAACACCAAAAUCUGAGGAACCAAGCUCUGAAUUCUGGAAUUCAUGGUUACCAGCAGCUAGUGAUGCAACAGAUAAACAGAAAGCAGGUGUAGCCCCCAGUCCAAAGUCUGGAGAUCUUCAACCAAUUUCGAAGGAUGAGUCAUCCAAAAUAAAAACCAAGAAAUCAGCCAGUGAGAGAGAUAAACAGCUUCCACUGAGUAGAAAAUCAUCAGAUGAACGUAUCAAACCCCAAUCUAAAUCAUCCUCGCCUAGAACAAAUAUACAGAAAGUGACUACCCCUCCUAAGAAGGAGGAUUCUUCAUUUGGGGGGUGGGGAUUUAGUUGGGGUGGUGUUGAGGAUGAUGGAAACAGCAGCAUUAGUUCUUGGGGGUCCGUUAGUUCUAAAGGGAAUGGUAAAGAGGAUACCAAUACAGCAACAGAAGCUGUUAGUGUACUGCAAAGGGAAAAAGAGUUGGUAAUGAAAAGUGAAAAAGACUUGGCAAUGAAGAGUGAAAUAGACUUGGCUCAUACUUGUGACAAAGGCUUAGGACAAAAGAGCAAAAAUGAAUCAGCCCAGAAAAGUGAUAAAGAAUUAAUGAAGAAAAGUGAAAUAGAAUCAGAGCUAAGUAGUGCAAAGGAACCUGUACAGAAAAAUGAUUGUGAAUUGUUUCCUUUAACUGAUCCGGAAUCGGAGCAAAAAUUUGAAAAAGAUGUAGUGCAGGACGAAUCAGUAAACAAACCAACUGUAGUUUUUAAUAAAUUUGAUGAUAACCUAGCUUCUGAAAACACUUUAACCGUUUCUGAUGAUCAAGAUUUAUCUGUUACAGACAAAGAAAUAAACAGAACUGAUAUUUCAGAUAGCUUGUUUACUGACAUAAAAGUGGAAGAGUCUGAUGUUUCUGAAUCGAAAGAUUUGUCUGAAGACUCCAAUAUAGAAUCGGUGACUGAACAGUCAAUGACAAUAGUUGAUUCAGACAAAACUAUUGAAAUAAGCGCCGAAUCUGAAAUGAACCAAUUAGAAAAAUCUUACUGUAGCUCAACCAACAGUAUAGAAGUUUGUUCUGCCACAGAAUCAAACUCAUAUAAUUCCUCACCCAUUGAUCACCUUCUCAAAGAAGACAAUCCUUUAACUGAACCUUCUUCUACAUCUGAUAUGGAUUCUGUAGUGGAAACUACAGAUCCUCUCUCAGCAUCUGAUACCACAAUAUUAACUUUAUCAGGAACUGAUUAUCAGCAGACAUCACUCAUUGAAGAAGAUGAUUCCCCACUGUUGCAGGAACAUAUUCCCAUUGAUCCUUCAGAUGGCAUUCAUCAAGAAGUGCCUGUCGAUGCAGGUACAGAAAAACUCUCAAAAAAUGAUAGCAUUACUGAUAUACAUUGUGAUAUAAAUACGAGUGACAGUGUUCUUGAUGACACUGAACAAAAUGUAAAUAUGGAUGUGCAAAACUGUGAAUCAUUGUGUGAUAGUAGUAAGUUGGAUAGUAGUGUGGAGACAGGUACCUCCGGAGAUACCAUAGUUGAUCCACAAGAUAUUGGUGAAACCAGUGAGGGGGUAAAUAAUCAGGGCAUGUUAGAACAAAGUUAUGAAAGUCUUGGAGGUUCUUUUGUUAAGUGCAUGAUUGAAGAAGCAAUGGAGGACACAUCUAGACCAGAUGAUUCUGGUAGUGACGGACAUUCCAAUGGUGAAAAAUCUGAAAGUUCAAAAUUUGAAUCUGAAAAUGAUAAAAGUGGUCAUGAAAGCAGUGAUGAAAUAGAAACAACAACUUCCUCAGACAUUGAAAUUAUAUCAGCUCCAACACCUAAUGGUGAAUAUAAACUCUUUGAUUUAUCUCCCCUUCGAAUAGCCUUACAAAAAACAGUCCAACGCGGAAGUACAUCCCAUAGACGAUCUGAUAGUCAGUCUAGUUCUAGUACAUAUAGUAAAGCUGGGGAAAGUGAUCAGAUGAGUCCAGGGAGAGAUAGCUUAGAAAGACAAGAUAUUGACUCAGGUGAUGAUUAUGAUACAGAACAUCAUAGAAGACCAUCACAAGAUGAACUCAGACACAGGGCACCAGAAUUAUCAGUAGUAUCAGAAGAGAGUGGUAGUAAUCCAUAUCAAACUGAAAAGUUAUUAAAGACUGCUCAAAAACAAGAUCAGCAGUUAAUUAAGAAGUUGGCAGAAAUGGCUGAAGUUCUUCAAGCAAGAGAAAAUAAAUUGGUCCACCUCAGUAAAGAAAAUAAUGAUUUAUUAGAAACUAACAGUAUUUUAAGAAAUCAGUUACAGCAAUCAGAAGAGGCUCAUGAAGCUAAGAUGGUAGAUGUAGAUACAUUAACGGAAGAAUUUAAACGGCGUAUAACGGAAGGAGAGAAAAAAUUAACAAGUGUAAUAAAGGAAAGAGAUAAUAUAAAGAAACAGCUCAGUACAGUACAAGAUGAAUUAAACAAAAAAAUUUCUGAUCGAAGUCAUCUCAAGUUAAUAGAAGAAAAAGAUGAACAGAUAAAUGAGUUGUUAUUAGAAGGAGAAAAACUGUCGAAACAACAACUACAGAGUAACAAUAUCAUCAAGAAAUUACGUUCUAAAGAAAAAGAAAAUGACAUUUUGAUCACAUCUCAAAAGUCUAAAAUAGACGAUAUGACCAAAGAAUUAGAUCAUCUAAGGAAAGUCUGUGAUGUUAAAGAUGACUUGGAGAAAAAACAAACAGAUGCUAUAAAUCAGUUAAAUGCUGCUGUACAGAAACAAGAAAAAGAAUUACUCAAAUACAGGGGGGAAGAGGAUGAUGUCCAAGAUAAAAUACGUAGUUUACAAACAGCUCUUGAUAAUUCUUAUAAAGAGAUAGCAGAACUUCAUAAAGCCAAUGCAGCACAAGAUAGUAAGGCCAGUGAAAUAGCUUUAAGUUUAGAGAUGCAGGUACGCGAGGAAGCCAAACAAACUAUGAAUAAAGAAUUUCUAAAAGCUAGACAAGAGAAAGAAGGUCUCAUAAUGCAGAUUGAAGAUUUAAGAAUUAGUAUGUCAAGAUUAGAAAAAGAACAUAGUAGAAAGGAAGACAUGUUGAGACAAGAAAUAGCAGAUUUACAAUUUCAAAUGCAAGCUGAUGAAGAAAGAAAUCAAGAAUUAUCACAGAAUGUUUCCUCUACCACAAGACCUUUAUUACGACAGAUAGAAAACCUUCAAGCAUCUUAUAAAUCACAAGCUGCAUCAUUUGAAAAAGUAGAAAAAAAUUUAACAGAUAGAUUAACUGAUACUCAGAAUCAGUUAGCUAUUGCUGUAGAAAAAGAAAGAACAGCUACUGAAAAACUGAUAGAUAUAACAAGUAAAAUAACAUCCCUAGAAACACAAAAUUCACGAUUAAAACAAGAAAAAUCACACUUAACUGUUCAAAGUGGAAUGGAUAAAGCAAAAAUAGAGUUGUUAGAGGAAGCCAAACAAAAUGAAACAGCUCAUAUAGAAGCCAUUAAAAAUCAGGCGGCUAAAGAAAUAACUGAAUUAAAGAGAGACAAGGUGUUUUUAGAAAGUCAAAUAGAAAUGGAGAAAAACAAAUUGGAAUCUGAAAAAAGAAAAUUAGCUUUAGCAGAAGAACAGAUAAAAAUUCUAGAAAGAGAAAGACCUAAAUCUCGUGGAACACCAUCACCUAUAUCUGUAUCUAGACAAGAGAGUAUCGCCAGUUUUACAGACCAACCUCCAUCUUUCUUAUCUUUACCUCAGGAAGAUCUAUUAGAAAGAAGUCUAAUAUUAUCACCACCUAACAACAGUAAUAAAAUAUCUCUAUAUGAACAAUUACGACAUUCGGGUGCUACAGCUUUAAUAGAAGGUUUACAAUCACAAUUAAAACUUAGAGAAGGUGAAAUAGUUCAAUUACAGAGUGAAAUAACACAGUUAGAAAGAACCAGAGAAUCUAUGGCUAAAGAACUCGUAAAUCUGACCAAUCAUAAUGAAGAAUUACAAGACCAAUUAAAAGAAUAUCCAGAAUUACUUACAAACUUUAAGGAAUUAGAUGGUAGAUAUAAUGCUAUAUUACAAAUGUAUGGUGAGAAAGUAGAAGAAACAGAAGAGUUACGGCUAGAUUUAGAAGAUGUUAAAGAAAUGUAUAAACAACAGAUAAAUCAUCUUCUUACUAAAUGAGAUAUCGUCCAACAUAUUUCAUAAACUUAGAAAAUAGUUCGUUCUCAUAUAGACUCGGAGAAAUAGUUUUACUAUGUGGGCUGCAAGAGAAUGUUAGAGGAUUCCACCAAAUAUCAAGAAAUAGAUCUAUACAAUUAUCCAGUAUGAAUAAAUGUGUAUUAAUCAUGUUUAUAAUGAGUAACCAGUUGAAUCAAAUUUUGUGUUACCUAUGUGAUAUGAAUAUAUCGUUACUGACUAUUAUAUAUUUAUAUGAAGCUGAAUACUGUUAAAAUUAUUGUGGAUAAAAAUACGCAAAACAGAUGAUAGUGGGAAAAAUUGGCACAGAAUAUUCUUGGGUGUUUUUUCUUAAAUGUUGUUUCAGAUUUUUAAAAGUUGAACCAUAUCAGAUCUUUUUUUUUUUUCAAAGGAAAUCACAUAUUUUUAUAGACCUAUGAGACCAUUGAUAUAAAAAAUCAUAAAUUCAUAAUAUUGAAAGAUAUUUCAUGGCAUAGUCUAAUGGCUCUCCAUUGAGCAUAGCAUGUUCUUUUUUAUUUCAUAACUUAUACACAUUUACAUAGCACCAUCAAUCCAUUGAGGAAAGAAAUCAUAAAUUCAUUGUAUGGAAAGAUAUUUCAAGACACAGUCUAAUGCUUCUCCAUCAAGUUAUUCUAAUUAUUGUUUGCAUAUAAUGCAUAGUAUCAUUAACACGUCAUUCCUUAUAAACUCAUAAUCUUGAUUUAAGCUGUCUGUUUGAGAUUCAAUAUAUUACUUUAAAGAGGUGUUAUAGGGAUAUUGGGCCAUGUAAAAUAAUUUUGUAAUAUGUCAUAAGGGCUGAAAAGUGCUGUUUAAAUAUAAUUUAGAUGAUAAACAAUGUAGGUCAGAUAUGGACAGAAAUCACAAAGUAUAUAACAUCAAUAUGAACAAGUUGCAGAUAAUUUGAGUUGAAGUAUGGGUCAGCUUAUAUUCUUAGUAAAAAGCAACAUAAAUCUCUGUUGCUCUUCUUUAAAACUUUUAGAUCCAAAUUCUUAUGUUUUGGAAUUUUAAACAAAACAUUGUUCAUAGGACUCAAGUAGCUAUCUCAAGACCUUAAAGAACUAUGAAGAGAAAUGCUUAGAAAUGUUUGGCCACAAGAUAAAAUAUUCAAUUCAAAAUUAUAUCAGUUAUUUCCUUUUGACAUGAUAAUUACUUAGACCCAGUACAAAAACUGUAUUAAAGUUAUUGUAUAUUAGGCUACAAUCUAUUAAACUAGGAUAUAUAUACAUACAUAACAGUAGCCCUAAUAAGCUAUGUUGGUAUAGUUAAACUAAUUUAUGUAAAUGUAUAGUGGGUGCAUAUUUAUUAAUAAUGAAUAUAUAAUUUAUAAAUGUAAAUAGUGGUGUAUAUUUUUGUUACGAUCUAUAAAUGAUCAUUGUUAAAUGUGUGCAUAGAAAAUUAUUGUGUGUUGCAUCAGUGGAAAAUGUUAAAUACAUUUUUGACACAUUGGGUAUUGAAUUUCAUUACAUCUGGUGAAAUCAUUGUCAGGAACAUCUUUUUUAAUUCACAAGACUUAAUUCACAUUUUAUCAUGCCUAAACCAAACCUACAAUACUUGUAGUUUGAAUUCUCAAAAAGUUAAACCAGCAAUUUUGUUUCUGUUUAAGAGUUUAGGCAUAUUUUAAUAACCCCAGAAAUCAAUUGACAUUGAAAAAAGUAAAUGAGUGCAUUGCAAGUAGCUGGAUGCUAUAUUGUAUUUCAUUAAUUAUUGAUAAAUCUAUAUUAUUAUUGUUACUGGUAUACAUGGGGUUAAAGUUUAACAGUUAAACAAUGUUGAGAUAAUGUACUCUGUCAAGAAGAAAUUAAAGAUGCAUUAUGUAAGAGCCAGAUCUUUCGUUUGGCUGCAAAUGUAUAAAUCAUUAAUUAGGCAUUUAUUCCCAUGCCAAGCUCAUAAUCAAUUCUCUAGAUCAUCGGUUGGUUUAGAUUUUCAACGGAUUUAAAUACAAUUGCCAGUUAAUAAUUUAAUGGAUAAUCGAGACUUUCUUUAUUAUUGUAGCAAUGACAAUUGAGACUACACGACCAUAACUCCGCUCAGAAUGAAGUAAUUUGACUGAAAUUUUCAACAUAUUAACUUUCACUUAGACAAGAACCUGUUCUUUUCCUGUCAUUAAAAGCUAAUUUGCAAAUAUAUUUACUGUAUCAUAUAACAAAAGAUAAUUAUUAAACAUGCAUUAUGCAAGAGAAAAAUCUGCUUAUUAUAAGUCUUUCUUUAGGCCUGAAAUGUUAUCUAAAUUAUCAAUUAGACAUUAAUUAACUUAUCCAGACCAUAAUAAACUCUCGAUGUCAAGGCUAGCCUUCGAUGUUGGCUGGAUUAGAUUCCUAUAUGCCGCUAACGGCCAUUGAUAAUUAAAUCAAAAAAAGUGGAUAAUCGAGACUAUGCUGUUUAUAUUAAUGAUUUUAGUAAUGAUGACCGAGACUAUGCAAAAAUUUCACCUGCUUCAUUCUCGGCUCAUAGUGGAUCAAUUUGACUGAAAUUUUCAGCAAAUUACCUUUACACUAUCUAGUUUUUAACUAUUAUAGCGAGAACUACCAUCUCUUUAUCUUAUCUCCCAUAAUGUAUCUUUAAUCAAUUAUAAAAUACAAUUUUACUUUUUGUGGAGUAAAUAGAUUCAUACGUAUUUGCAUAACUGGAAAUUGUAUGUCAGCGAAUAGAAAUUGUAUAUCAAUUUUAAUAGUUUGUCUUUCAAGCCUCUGUGAUGCAAAAUUAAUAGUAUACAUAACUGACAAUGUCAUUUUAAAAGAAUUGUUUAUUGUAUAUAUGUGGUUAUGAACAGAAUAUAUAAAAAUUACAAUUGAUUAA